AUGAUCGACCUGGUCCGGGUUGAUUCCAUGCUGAAACAGUGGUCGAUCCACUCCGCCGCGAGGAUGCUGAUUAGUGAAUCUUUCGCAACCCAGAUUGCAACAAUGCAGCCGAGCAGGGGUGGCUCGUAUUCUGGUCGUCCGGAGCUCAGUCUUGCAUCUGGAAAUAUUCGUCAACGCUUGUUUGCCAUCCUGCUUCCCCUCCCUCUCCCACCCCCACUAUCUGUCUGGAUGGACAGCAUACGCAGACGAGAGGAGUCGACGACACGCAAGGGUAGGCCCAAGGGAUCCAAGAAUAAGAAGAGUUCGAGCCUGGAUAAGUCGAAGAGCGAUCGGAAUCGCACCAAUACCAUAGAAACUGCCGCCGGCGUCGGACCACGCCCAAAUGAGACGGUCACGGCGAUGCUAUCAGACCAGCACAUCUCUAUAGCGGAUGGGAUAUGCUCGCCACUGGGGCUAGAAAGGUGGAAUGAUCUGGUGGAGGAGAAUUUCUUAACAGAUCCCGACGACAACGGCUUUCUCAGUAAUAUCUCAACCUCCGACUUUUCUUGGGAGCAGCCCAGCGAUAUCUUUGACAGGCUGGAGAUUGAAACCGGGAUGAGGGGCUGUGAGCCAGACUCAUCAAUCUUUGCUCUGGAUUACGAAGGACCUUAUUCCGAUACCCCAGGACCCGGCAUGACGCAACUGGGUGACAUUCCGUUCGUAGAGUUAAGGAAUCGCGUUGCGCAAGAUACAUCCCGGCCACUAUGCGACGUGUUUCCACGGCCACGACUCGAAGCGCAGAGCUACAAUCCCAUCGAGACCUGCACAUGCGUCGACCAGCAUGCCCGGUUUCUUUCCCAAUUGAGGAAGAUCGAGGGGAACCACUAUGCAGCGUCGGUCCCGACCAUUCUACAGGCGACCCAGGACAGCAAGGCCCUCUGGCAACGACUGGUCAACUGCCCGGCUUGUCGACACGAUCGGGAGUGCGUGGCUGUGCUGAUGUUUGCGAUGGGCUUACGAACCAUCGUGCGAUGCUUGCAGGCGCUGGUAUCUGACCAACAGUCGGUUCUACAACGGCCUCCACAUCACAGUCGCUGGGGACAACAUGCGCCGUCGGUCUCAAGUGGCGGCUCAUCUAUCAGCAGUCCACACUCGCUUAGUACUGGAAGCGACCGAAGCGCGGCUUUUGAGUCCGUAAGCACAGGCUUCAGUCGAAGCCGACGAGGGAGCGGGCUCAGCACGAACACGAUCCGCGUGGGGAACUUUGAAGUGCCUGAAGACGAGCAGGUUUUUCUGGUCACCGUGCUCAUCACACGCACGCUCGGCAAGAUCCGGACCGUUUACGAAUCCAUGGCAGAUUAUAUCGGACGGGUCCACGGCAGCUCGCCCUUGAAUAUCGGGCCCAGCGACAAACGACCGAUUCAUUAUGUGCUGGAGGACCUACGACGACUAGUGGCGACAACCGAGGGCUUCGUCCGGGGUCUCGUGGACAGAUAG